UGACCUUUAAGUUAGAAAGAUAUAAUCAAGUUUUUUAUUUGGUGUUGACUUUUUUGUAUAAAAACAUAACAUUGGAUGGUGAAUGUCACUAGUAUCUUUCUUGAUUCACUUGGGAUACCAGCCUAUAUUCAGCCUCAAUAUGUUCAAACUUCUCCUCGUUACUGUCCUUUUGGGAUUAGCUGCUGCCGACAACAUUAACAAAAAUGCCGAAAUCCGUGUUUUGGACAACACACCCGCCGAUGCUGAAGGAAACUUCAAAUAUGGAUAUGAAGCUUCCAAUGGCAUCUCCGUCCAAGAAACUGGAAACGCUGCUGGUGUAAGUGGUGCUGCCCAAUGGAUUUCCCAAGAGGGUAUCCCAAUUCAAUUGCAAUACACUGCUGAUGAGAACGGAUUCCACCCAUCUGGUGCCCAUUUGCCAACUCCUCCACCAAUCCCAGCACAAAUCCUUAGGGCUCUUGAAUACAUCAGGACCCAUCCAUCAAAGGAAUAAAUUUAAAAUACUAAUUUUAAGGAAUUUGGACCAGGAGUAGUGUUCUAGUCGGUGAAUAUUAUAAAACGUAAUAUUCACUACCAAAGAAAUUAAUUAAACAUUAAAUUUGCCUAUUUUGUUAGGAAAAAUGUAAAACAUA